CACACACCUGCGAGCUUCCGGGAAUCGGGGCCGCGCCCCGCUGGGCCUCCGCGCUGCCAUUUCGCGCGAAGUGCGGCUCCUGGCCCGGGUGCCGUCCGAGGAAACCUGCGGCUUUCAGUGCCUCUCCGUGAACAAAUCUAUCCCCUUUCGACACUCGCGAUGGAGGAGAUUGUGUGGGAGCAGUUCACUGUCACCGUGCACAGGGACUCUAAGAGGGGCUUUGGAAUUGCUGUCACUGGGGGCCGGGACAAUCCCAUGGUGGACACUGGAGAGACGUCCAUCAUCGUGUCUGACGUCCUGCAGGGGGGCCCGGCCGAUGGACUACUUUUUGAGAAUGACCGUGUGAUCCUGGUUAAUGGCUUGCCCAUGGAGAAUGUGCCGCAUUCCUUUGCUGUGCAACAACUCCGAAAAUGUGGAAAAGUGGCCAAAUUUGUGGUGAAAAGACCCAGGAGAGCAGCACCCAGUGCACUGAAGCGCUCCCAAUCACAUGACGAGAGGCUCUCUGACUACCCUGAUGACUAUGACCGUGAUCAAGACUAUGACCAUGACCGAGACUACGACUAUGACGACCACAGCAUGUACAGCGCUCAGAGCAGCAAUGCAGACUACCCUCGUGAGCAUAGUCCAGAAAAGGAACAGGCUAGAUACCCAGAGCGCCGAGGGCGUGACCGCGACCGGGAUUACGGUCGAGAUCGCAGUCGAGGUAGGAGUCUGGAGCGGGAUCUGAGUCCAGAAAGACCGUACUAUCGUGACAGAAGCAGGGGGCGCUCUUUAGACAGAGAAGCCAGCCCCGAGGGGCCUUAUCGGAGAGACCACAGCAGGGGUCGGGCCAUCGAACGCGGUCACAGCCCGGCUCGUAGCCGUGACCCCAGCUACGAGCGAGAGCUCGACCGCAAGUCUUACGAGCCCCGCCCAGAAGAACGGCUGAUAAGGAGCAAAAGCAGAGAUCAGCUGCAGACCCGCUCGCCUUCGCCCCGCCCACAAGAACGGCUGAUGAGGAGCAAAAGCAGAGAUCAGCUGCAGACCCGCUCGCCUUCGCCCCGCCCACAAGAACGGCUGAUGAGGAGCAAAAGCAGAGAUCAGCUGCAGACCCGCUCGCCUUCGCCCCGCCCACAAGAACGGCUGAUGAGGAGCAGAAGCAGAGACCAGCUGCAGGCCCACUCCCCCUCGCCGAGCCACAGCCGUGUCCACGAGCCACUGGAGAAACCAUUAAAUGUUGUCCUGCUGAAGAAUCGACCAAAUGAAGAGUAUGGGCUUCGGCUGGGGAGUCAGAUCUUCAUCAAAGAGAUGACCAGUACUGGUCUGGCCAGCAGGGAUGGUGCUCUGCAGGAAGGUGACAUCAUCUUAAAGAUUAACGGCACGGUGACAGAGAACCUGUCCCUGACUGACGCUGGUAAGCUGGUGGAGAGGUCCCGCGGGCAGCUGCGGCUGCUGGUUCAGAGGGACCGCCGGCAGCUGCUGCUCCGCAUCCCGCACCUGGCCGACAGCGACUCGGAGCCCGACGACAUUUCGGAGAUCGAGUCGUAUCGCUCCUACUCCCCCCAGGAGGAGCGUGGCGCCGCCCACUCAGACAUCUCCUCACACUCGUCCAAUGAGAAACUGCGAGAGAAGCCCAGGGAGGACCCCCCCGGCCGGCUGGCCAAGAUGGGCGCACUGCCGACCCCGUUCAGGGCACUGGAGCAGCAGCCCACCGAACUGCCCGAGAAGGAGGAGACACGAGUGGCAGAGCCUGCCGUGCCAGUUAUGGCAGUUGCACCAGUGGUCAGCAGUUCAACAAAGAUGGAGCUCCACCCAAAUCCAGAGGAUGAGGAAACAUACGGCCCGAACACAGUGAUGGUGCAGUUCCAGAAGGCCGACAGCGUAGGGCUGCGUCUCGCGGGAGGCAGUGACGUGGGCAUCUUCGUUGCCGGCGUGCAGGAGGACAGCGCCGCGGAGAGGGAGGGUCUCAGAACUGGGGAUCAGAUACUGAAGGUGAACAACAUGGACUUCCGGGGAAUGGUGCGGGAAGAUGCCGUCUUGUACCUGCUGGAGAUCCCCAGGGGCGAGACCGUUACCAUCCUGGCCCAAAGCAAACCUGAUGUGUACCAGGAGAUCAUAGACUCCGAUAGAGGGGACUUGUUCUACAUCAGGACACACUUUGAAUUUGAGAAGGAUUCUCCUCACAGCCUGGCCUUCAGCAGGGGGGAGAUCUUCAAGGUGGUGGACACCCUGUACAAUGGCAAGCUGGGAAACUGGCUGGCGAUUCGCUUGGGCAGGGACAAUGAGCCUCUGGACAGGGGCAUUAUUCCCAGCAAAAGCAGGGCAGAUCAGAUGGCCAAUGUGCAGAAUGCUCAGAGGGGACUGGGCAAUGACCGCGGGGACUUCUGGAGGCUGCGGGGUCAGAGGGCAGCUAAGAAGAAGGAUCUCCGGAAGAGCCGGGAGGACCUAAGUGCUCCGGUUGUAUUCACACGCUUCCCCGCUUACGAGAGAGUGGUGUUACGCGAGGCUGGUUUUAAGCGUCCUGUGGUGCUGUUUGGGCCCAUUGCUGACGCCGCCAUUGAGAAGCUGGCCUCGGAUCUUCCAGAUCAGUUUGCCAUUGCAAAAACCGAGCCCAAGGAUGCCGGGUCAGAGAAGUCAUCGGGGGUGGUGAAGCUGAACACCAUUCGACUGAUCAUCGAACAGAACCAGCACGCCCUGCUGGACGUCACCCCCAAGGCCGUGGACACGCUUAACUACACGCAGUGGUACCCAAUUGUGAUCUUCUUCAACCCCGAGAGCAAGCAGGCUGUUAAGACGAUGCGUCAGAGGCUGAUGUCCGGCUCUAACCGCAGUGCCCGCAAGCUCUAUGAACAGGCACUGAAGCUGAGGAAGACCUGCUCACACCUCUUCACCGAUACCAUUGAUCUUAAUGCUGCCAAUGAUGCAUGGUACGGCAGUGUGAAGGACUCGAUUCUGGAGCAGCAGGAACGUGCCGUGUGGGUCUUUGAGCGAAAAGUGGACGGUACCGACGAGGACGUCGAUCUCCAGGACGACCACAUGUCCUACCUGUCCGCUAUGGGCGCCGACUACCUGAGCAUGGACAGCCGCAUGAUCAGCGACUACGACGACACGGCGGAUGAGGGCGGGGCUUACACUGACCACGAACUCGAUGAACAAUUGGACGAGCUGCCAGAGUCUGCCAUCAUCCGCUCCUCCGAGCCCGUGUUUCCGGAUGAGGCGCAGCGGCCGGCGCCAGAGCCUCGCUCUCGCACGAAGAAAAGAGACAGCCCAGAGCUGCAGAGGGAGCCCACCCCACCCCCCUCUUUCGUCCCUGAACCCCCAAAGGCGCGGCCACUGCCCCGGGAGCCUGCUGCACGCCCCCACAGCGACGCCUAUGACUCCCUCCCCAGUAGCCCCACUGGUGCCAAGCUUCCUCCACCUCCAGUUCCACAGAAGCCCAGCUAUGUCCCCCGUGCAGCCACUGACCUACCCACCGACUCUGAGGGGAACCAGGAAGAUCCUUCUCAGAAGUCCUUUCUGGGGAAAGUAAAAACCUUUGAGAAGCUGGACCACCUGGCCCGGGCACAGAGGAUGCUGGAGCUGCAGGAGGCUCAGAACGCCAGGAUAGAAAUAGCCCAAAAGCAUCCAGAUAUUUAUGCAGUCCCAAUUAAAGGCCCAAAACCAGACCACAGCAGACCUCAGCCAAUAGGCUCCAGCUCGAACCUGGACAUCCAGGCCCCGCCCUCUAAGCCAAUGCAGGCCGACAGCCGAGCACACCUCCACGGUGAGGAUGACAAUGAGGAUGAGUACCGGCGGCAGCUGGCUGAGAAAACGAGGAAGGGCUAUUACAACCCGCAAAAGUACAAGGACACAGAGCUGUAGGUGGAAGCUACAGCCAAUAUUAGCAGGUCAUGCCCACUGGACUCCACCUCCUCCACCCCAGGAGAAGAGAUCUGGGCUGAGUUUGCCGAAGCCUUCUUAACGCAACAUCGUUUGUAAGUUCUGUGUUAAAAGAUAGAACUUACGAAUGACUUCGCGUUAAGAAUUCUUCGGGAAACAGCCAUGGGCUUUAGGAACAAAUCCCAGUUUAUUUCAGUUUGUUAUAUCACUUACGUAAGAGAUUAUUUUAAUCAGACUUGUAUGUAUCAGUCAUUAUGUGUUGUGUUAAAUAAACCUGUUGAGCCACAUUUUACAUGCAUGUUAUAUGUCAAAUGCAGUUUCAUAUGAAUUUUUAACAUUUUGUCAUUACACCAUGAUGUUCUUGUCAAAGUGCCUUUCUGCCCUUAGCUCAGUAUCUGAAGUAUUUUGGGAUGUAUUUCAUUGAGCUGUCAUGAGGAAUGAUCAUGUAAAUGUGAUGCAGCUACUAUCCAUGAACAAUUGACAAUUUUACAUUUGUAGAAUAUUAUCCACCACUAACAUAUCUAUUGUCAACUUUAACUACAUUUUCUUGAUUCCAGGGAUGGUUCUUAAUAAAAAAUUCACUUGUCACCCUA